AGGUGGCACUGACUGGCACUGAUGGGUGACAUUGAAAGGCAGCUAAGAUGGGCACUAAUAUGUGGCAUUGAUGUGCACUGGUAUGCACUGAUAUGUGGCAUUGAUGUGGCACUGAUGGGCACUGGCAUGUGGCACUGAUGAGCACUGACUGCUGGCACUGAUGGACACUGACAGGUGGCACUUCUGGGGCCACACUGAUCAUCAGGGCACACUGAUCAUCAGUGCCCUGCGGCUCUCCUCACCUCUCGAGCUGUCAGCGUGACAGCUCGAGAGGAG